GCCAAACGAGUGAAGUGAAUCCAGGCCGUGCCCCAGAUCCGCCUCAACUGGAGCCGCCCCUAGCCUCCCAUCACCCCCACACCCCUCCCACCCUCCCCGCCUCCCCGCCUUGGGACCGAGCCGCGGGCGUGGUCGUGUCCUCGGGUUCUGGCUCAGCCCCGAAUCCGACUGGCUGGUCUGUCGUUGACCCCGAAUCUGGCUCAAGACUGCUUGGCCCUAGUCUAUUAGGUUUUUUUUUGCCGCAGACCCGCACCCGUGGCAGGCCAUGGCCGCCCAGCAAAACAUCAAAGAUCUCAUUCAGCGUGACGGAUGGGCUCAAUUAUAUACGGAGAUCCGGCGAGAUUCGUCAGUCUCGGAGUUUCCGGCCUUGGAGGCGGCCAAACCCGAGAAUCGCACUUUCAAUCGUUAUCGUGAUGUGUAUCCCUACGACCAUUCCCGGGUCAAACUGGAACAUCUGGAUCACACCGAUUACAUCAACGCCUCUUUAGUCAAGUCAAUCCGUGCCAAUCGCAACUACAUUCUCUCUCAAGGUCCGUUGCCAGGGACGGUAGGUCAUUUUUGGUUGACGGUAUGGCAGCAGAUGAGCAAGGCGGUGCUCAUGCUGAAUCGAGUCCUGGAGAAAGGCCAACUCAAGUGUCACCAAUACUGGCCACAGGAUGUCGGUGAUGAUCUCAUCUUUGAGGAUGUCCAACUCAAGCUCGAGAAUAUUCAGUCUGAACCCGGAGAACACUACACAGUCAGGACUUUCAGGAUCAGUAAAAUGGACACGGACGAAAGUCGGGAAAUUAAGCACUUCCAUUACACCACCUGGCCGGAUUUUGGCGUGCCCAAAUGACCCGACACAUUUCUGGAGUUUCUCACGGUAGUUCGCGAGAGUGGCGUCUUGGACCCGGAUGUGGGUCCCUCUGUGGUCCAUUGUUCCGCCGGGAUCGGACGAUCUGGCACAUUUUGCUUGGUCGAUACUUGCCUUGUCCUUAUCGAGAAGGAAGGAUUUGCAAACGUGAAUAUUAAAGAGGUCCUCCUAGAACUCCGCAGUUAUCGCAUGGGCCUCAUACAAACGCCUGACCAACUGAAGUUCUCAUAUUUAGCCAUAAUCGAAGGUGCUAGACAACGAGGAUUGAUUUCCAAGGACAUUCUUGCAGAUCUACAAUGUCAGCGUGCCACCGCCUCAUCCGAGAUCUCAGAUGAUGAGGACGACCAAGAUGUUCAAGGCGGUCCUCCUCCAUUGCCCCCACCUCGCAACGAGUCUUUGCGGCAGCAAUUACAGGACAUCCUGUGCAACAAUCACACGAACAAUGGAGUCCCCUCCAAGGAAUCAAUCAUCCCGGACCAAUUGAGCCUAGCUCCAUCUCAAUCAAAUGGACAUGGGCAAAACACCGAACCCGUUUCCAAUGGUGGCAAUGCCACGUCCUCCAAGUUGUCAGACUCGAAUUGCUCCGCCCACCAGACCGCCUCGUGCUCGUCUUCGAAUUCGUCGAAUUCGUCUUCCUCUUGUUCCUCCUCAUCCUCGACGUCCCGACACAAGACUGAAUCCGCCUGCAUCCUCAACAACCACAAAAUGGAGGAGAGAAAGCGGGAAAUGGAAAUCCGACGUCGCAAUAAAGAAGCCCGUCAAACGGCUCUGCAAUCGAAAGUCCAAGAUAUGAAGCGAAAAUCCGCGGAUUCCGAAGAUUGGAAGCGACGGAAAAGCCAGGUGUACGAGAUGUUGCCCUUCUGUUUCGGUUUGGUCAUGAUGGUGGCCGCUGGGUCCUACUACUUCCUCAAAGGGUGAAGACUGUGUAAUUCGACAAUGAUAAUCACACCUGGAACAUCUGUCCCGGAGGACCAUCGUGAAGAGAAACGAACGUGCCAGUGCUCUUGUUUACUUUUGGUUGAAGCCAAUUCGCAAACAAUUUGGCCAGAUUCUCCCUAAAGCAUCUUUUUUUUUU